AUGGCUGAUAAUUGCAUUUUAAUAACUGGUGCUGCUGGAUUUAUUGGAUCACACUGUGUUGUAGCUUUAGCUGAAGCUGGCUAUAAUGUCAUCGCAAUGGAGAACUCAAAAUCGACUAAUAAUCUUGCAUUUCAACAAAUCAAUAAAAUCUUAGGGUGGGAGGUAAAAACUUGUCGAUGUGACUUGCUGAACUAUGAAGAAAUUGUUAAAAUAUUUGAAAGGUAUAAAAUAACAACUGUCAUUCAUCUAGCAGCAAUGAAAGGAGUCAGUGAAUCUAUGAAUUAUCCAAUCGAAUGCUAUCGAAAAAAUUUGGUGUCUACGCUUAAUUUACUCGAAGUCAUGAGACUUUACGGUGUCAAAAACUUGAUUUUUAGUAGCUCUUGUGCAAUUUACGGAAAUCAAGUUCAAAUGCCAGUUGCAGAGACAGCACUUCCGCAUUCAAUCUCGAAUGUUUAUGGCAAAUCAAAACUUUUUAUUGAGAAAAUUUUGAGUGACUUAUCAAGAUCCGAUAAGGAAUUUAAAAUCACAAUUUUACGUUACUUCAAUCCAGUCGGUGCACAUAGCUCUGGUUUGAUUGGCGAAGAUCCAAAGAGAAAGCAAAUCAGUUUUUUAACAUUGUUGGGUAAGGCAGCAUUGGAUAAAGAAAUGAAUUUGUCACUUUUUGGAAGCUCAAAUAUUCGAGAUUUUGUGCAUGUCAUGGAUGUUGGAGAAGCUCAUGUUGCUGCUGUGAGCAAUUUAGAAAGUGGUGAUUCUUUCAAAGUGUUUAACAUAGGAUCUGGUAUUGGAAUUUCACUGCUUCAAUUAAUAAAAAUUUUUGAGCAUGUUAAUUGCGUAAAGAUCUCGUACACAAUAAAAGAUCGUCAAGAAAGCGAGAUUGAGGCUAUAAUUGCAGAUACAACGUUAGCAGAAACUGAUUUAGGGUGGAAAUCUAGAAAAACUGUGGAAGAAAUGUGUACUGAUUGCUGGAAAUGGAUGACAUAUAAUGCAAUAAAUUUUUAA